GACUUAUAGGGUUGUAAUAAUAAUGGGGACAUAUUUAAAGCGCGGGACCCUUUACCGGAAGUUAAAAAAAGUUUAUUUCCGGCGCAGAUACUCAACCGGUACUUCCAGAGGAAACAGUUCAAAAACGUCGACUACAAACAGUGCACGUUUGUUGUUUUAAUGUUUGGAGGAGGGUAGAAGACAGCCAGCGAGUGUCUCCUUCUCGUGUGUGAGAUAGAUGCCCACUGAAAAGCCAACAAGCGAAUUUAAGACGCCAACGUACCAAAUAAGAUGUCACCCAUGGAACAUUGUUAGCCCUCGGGGAUGACCACAUUGGUGGCCUAUGAGGAUUCUGAGUCUGAGGAUGAACGCCUUGACCAGAAAGAAGGAGCUGGGUCAGGAAAAAAAGCAAAGGACUGCCAUUUGUUGCAGCUGAUGCCGAACUCUGACAGCACACUGUCAGAAUGCCACCAGAUUGUGUCCAGAGAAGACGCCACCUCUUCACAAAAGCAGGGUUGUUCUCUAAGCUCACCUGCUGCUCUUCAGAAGAACGCUACUCUGCUUCCAUACUCCCCACCAAAUGUCUCUGAUAAGCCCAAAAGACCCUGCACUGUUCCGCCCGGUGUCCGACCCUAUAUUUCAAAGAGGCAAAGACUUGUCACUGCUUCCACAGUGAAAGAGGAGAACCUAACAGGGAGUGUUCACGGAAAAGAUGACCACAUUUUCUCAGCAAUAUCUCAGAAAGUGAAGCUACAUCUUGCUCACACGCCCGCUCCUGUUACUGCUAGGAUACCCAAGAAGCUUCUGCUGAGCCUUCAAGGUCACCAGGGUCCAGUCAACACAGUGCAAUGGUGUCCAGUUGCUCAGAGAAGUCAUCUACUGCUGUCUGCCUCCAUGGACAAGAUCUUUAAGGUGUGGGACGGAGCUGAGAGCGGACGAUGCCUGAGGGUUUACACAUGCCACUCAGGAGCCGUGCGGGAUGCACGCUGGAGCCCCUGCGGCCGCCAGCUCCUCACUGGCUCCUUUGACAACACAGCCGUGGUUACCGACGCGGAGACUGGCCAGCGCAUCGUCAAAGCGGAUAACCAAUUCAAGGUGAUGUGUGUGGUCUCGCAUCCCGUCAACUCUGAGGUGUUCCUUUGCGGAGGUUACAGUUCAGUGGUCAACGCCUGGGACUCUCGCUGCUGCAAGGUUGUUAAAGUGUACAAAGCAGCAAUCCAGCAGACAUUGGACAUUCUCUUCCUUCGAGGUGGCCUGGACGUUAUCACGAGCUCCGACUGUGUCAGCAGAGAUUCUGCAGACCGUACCCUGAUCGUCUGGGACUUCCACACCGGCGCCAAGGUCUCCAACCAGAUAUACCAUGAGCGCUACACAUGCCCCAGCCUGGCUCUCCAUCCACAGGAGGAUUCCUUUGUAGCCCAGACGAACGGCAACUACGUGGCUUUGUUCUCCUCCCAGAGGCCCUAUAGGAUGAACAAGCGGCGACGUUACGAAGGACACAAGGUCGAGGGAUAUGCGGUGCGAUGCGAAUUCUCUCAGGACGGAAGCAUUUUAGCGUCCGGCAGCUCCACCGGCUCGGCCCACUUCUACGACUAUCAAAAUGGUCGGCCGCUACACUCGCUGCAAGCACACAGCCAGCCGUGCCUUUGCGUGUCCCAGCAUCCCGUCCUGCCUGCCGUCUCUGCCACUUGCGACUGGGCCGGCGAGAUCAAGGUCUGGCACUGAGGAUGCAGCCC